CCAUUUCUCCAGAGGGUGUGUCUCGAGGAAGUGUCUUGUUUCCAGAAACCAAGCCUACCACCUUUCAGAUCUGAGAUUAUUCAAGGAUCUUUUUAAGAAUUUAUAGUCCGUUACAAUCUUGAGCAUAUACGCAUAUAGUUUAUUGGAAGCUAUGAGCACCCCACUCAGUGAUCAGGAAAAGAGAAAACAGAUUAGCGUGCGCGGCAUUGCAGGACUGGGCGAUGUCGCAGAAAUCAAGAAAAGCUUCAACAGGCAUCUUCACUUUACUCUUGUCAAAGAUCGUAAUGUAGCCACUCCAAGGGACUACUACUUCGCUUUGGCUCACACCGUCAGGGACCACCUGGUUGGGAGAUGGAUCCGCACUCAGCAAUAUUAUUAUGAGAAAGAUCCAAAGAGGGUCCACUAUCUGUCGUUGGAGUUUUACAUGGGCCGGACCCUUCAGAACACCAUGAUCAACCUGGGCCUGCAGACUGCCUGCGAUGAAGCCAUAUACCAGCUGGGCUUGGACAUAGAGGAGCUGGAGGAGAUCGAGGAGGACGCCGGGUUGGGGAAUGGGGGCCUGGGGCGCCUUGCAGCUUGUUUUCUGGACUCCAUGGCCUCUCUGGGCCUUGCAGCCUAUGGUUACGGCAUCCGCUAUGAGUUUGGCAUCUUUAAUCAGAAGAUCAGGGACGGCUGGCAGGUGGAGGAGGCUGAUGAUUGGCUGCGUUAUGGAAACCCGUGGGAAAAGGCCCGUCCAGAGUACAUGCUCCCAGUCCACUUCUACGGCCGAGUGGAACCCACCGCGGGGGGGGUGAAGUGGGUGGACACACAGGUUGUCCUGGCCAUGCCUUACGACACUCCUGUGCCUGGAUUCAAGAACAACACAGUCAACACGAUGAGACUGUGGUCUGCUAAGGCUCCCAACGACUUCAACCUGCGGGAAUUCAAUGUUGGUGACUACAUUGAAGCUGUGCUGGAUCGAAACCUGGCCGAGAACAUCUCACGAGUCCUCUAUCCCAAUGACAACUUUUUUGAGGGCAAGGAGCUACGUCUGAAGCAGGAGUACUUUGUGGUGGCUGCAACGUUGCAGGACAUCAUCCGUCGCUUCAAGUCCUCCAAGUUUGGCUGCAGAGACCCCGUCCGGACCUCGUUCGAGACCUUCCCGGCGAAAGUGGCCAUCCAGCUGAACGACACUCACCCUGCCCUGGCCAUCCCGGAGCUCAUGAGAAUUCUCGUGGAUGUGGAGAAGUUGAACUGGGACAAGGCGUGGGAGGUGACACGGCAGACCUGUGCCUACACCAACCACACAGUGCUCCCCGAGGCGCUGGAGCGCUGGCCCAUCUACCUGUUUGAGAAGCUGCUGCCCCGCCACCUGCAGAUCAUUUACCAGAUUAACCACCUCCACCUCCAGAGGAUCGCUGCCAUGUUCCCAGGCGACACCGACCGCCUCAGGAGGAUGUCCCUGAUCGAGGAAGGGGACCCCAAGAGGAUCAACAUGGCCCACUUGUGUGUGGUUGGAUCCCACGCUGUCAAUGGAGUUGCGCAGAUCCAUUCAGACAUUGUCAAGAACACUGUUUUUAAAGACUUCUAUGAGGUGGAGCCCGGGAAGUUCCAGAACAAGACCAAUGGGAUAACUCCUCGCCGCUGGCUGUUGCUGUGUAACCCCGGUCUGGCGGACAUCAUUGCUGAGAAAAUUGGAGACGAUUUCGUGACGGAUCUCUACCAGCUAAGGAAUCUACUGGACUUCAUUGAUGACGAGGCUUUCAUUCGUGACAUCGCCAAUGUGAAACAGGAGAACAAGCAGAAGUUUGCCACUUACCUGGAGAAGGAGUAUGACGUGAAGAUCAACUACGAGUCCCUAUUUGACAUCCAUGUGAAGAGAAUCCAUGAGUACAAAAGACAGCUGCUCAACCUUCUUCACGUCAUCACCUUCUAUAACCGGAUUAAAAAGAACCCCUCUAAGCACUUUGUUCCGAGGACCGUGAUCAUUGGUGGAAAGGCUGCACCUGGAUACCACAUGGCUAAGAUGAUCAUCAAACUGAUCACAGCAGUAGGCCUGGUGGUCAACAACGACCCAGUGGUGGGGGAUAGGUUAAAGGUCAUCUACCUUGAGAACUACAGAGUCUCCCUGGCAGAGAAAGUGAUUCCUGCUGCUGACCUAUCAGAGCAGAUCUCCACAGCGGGAACCGAGGCUUCGGGCACCGGCAACAUGAAGUUCAUGCUGAAUGGAGCACUCACCAUCGGCACCAUGGACGGAGCCAACGUAGAGAUGGCCGAGGAGGCCGGGGAGGAGAACCUCUUCAUCUUUGGCAUGAGGGUGGAGGACGUGGAAGCCAUGGAUAAAACUGGGUACAAUGCCCAAGAGUACUACCAGCGUUUACCAGAGCUGAGGCAGGCGAUCGACCAGAUCCAGACAGGUUUCUUCAGUCCCGCGCAGCCCGAACUCUUCAAGGAUGUGGUCAACAUGCUCAUGAAACACGACAGGUUCAAAGUUUUCGCCGAUUACGAGGCCUACAUGACCUGCCAAGGCAAAGUCAGCGAGCUAUACAUGAACCCUAAAGAGUGGACACGGGUGGUGAUCCGCAACAUCGCCGGUUCCGGCAAGUUCUCCAGCGACCGAACCAUCAGUGAGUACGCCCGGGAGAUCUGGGGGGUGGAGCCCUCCGAUGUGAAGAUCCCACCCCCUAACGAGCCCUCCAUUUCGUCCAGUUAAUGAGGAGCCAGUGUUCCCACGUCAGCCGGGGAGCAGUGCUUGUGUUAUCUUUACUGUGGGCCUCUGAUAUUGGGUUUACAGAGAUGGGUGUUAGAGGCAGAAAAAGAUCACACUUACAAUAUCAGAACAGCCAAAGGAAGCUUGUUAAAAAUGCUUAUUAUUAUUAUUCCUGCUCUUUAACUCUGCCAUUUGUGUGUAUUCUGUCAUCAUUUGUGUGUAACUCUGCCAUCGCAAAGACAGUGGCAUCUUGUUUUUCUAGUUAUCUUCAUUAUGAUAUCAGUCUCUGUGACUGUAAAUAACAUAUUGCUUCCAUUUUUAGCUGAGAUAUUAUGUUUGAACAGGGGUGUCAACACUUUCUGCCCAAGGGGCCAUAUUUGACAUUCAGCAAAGAAAAUAAUCGCUCAAAAUGUCUUGCUAUCAAAAUGUAAUUAUUACUCUUUUCUUUUGAAAAUCUUUUACUUAUUCAUAGUAAACCUCUUGUUUAGAUAAUUAGAGAGUGUAAUAGUAGAAAAACAUUAUAAAUGUAGGUCCAUUGUGAUUUCACUUCUACAGUGUUCGAUUUUAGUUAUUUAAAAAAUGUUUGAGUUUGUUCACCCCCCACGUGUUUUUUUUCUUCCAUAAUUCAUCCACCGGGCCACAUUAUAACACCCUCGUUGGCCACAAAGCCCAUGCGCUGUACUUUUGACACCCCUGUUUUGAAGUCACAUGUGUGGGCAGAACAGCAUCUACAGACACUGUUCUAUAGUUGGUCUGAGGCCGUCUAUAUGUGGUGUUUUUAGGUGCAGCUUUAGUAAUGGUUUUAAAAACCGCUGGGAGAUUUUAGCAUUGCUCCUGCCAGGUUUCUAAUUAAUUGAGCCUUAAGAUGCCUAUGAGAAACCAGGCCCAUACAUUUUGCACUCUGAAUAAUCUACUCAUUUUGUUUGCUACUGACCAAGCCUUGUAAUGGUAGACAGCAUUUCUGUCAUUACUUGAGAUGUUAGCUGGGAUAUUUUCAUCUGUAUGGAAUGUAAGUGCUGGUUCAUAAUCAAUUAUAAUUUUUGUACCAUAAUGAAUUCCUCUCCUAAAUGGUAUAUACAAAAAGCCCUGACUAAAGCUGUAAUGUGGUAUGAGUCUAAUAGAACAUUUUCUAAACUCUUAAAUGUGGAUUUGAUUUAUAGAUGUUCAGUAUAUAGCUUGGGCAAAACCGUUAUGAAACCUGACAAUGUCCCUUAUUAGGAAAAUCAUACUGAGUGGGUCGGUUCAACACUGUCGCACUUUACACCGAUUAUGGGGUAGCAGCCACCCCAGACUGCCUUGGUGUGACUUCUGAAGGAAAGUGGCGAAUGUAAAGGCAUGAUUUGUUUUUCAGAAGCUUCACUUUAAGGUCUUUGAACUUCUUCAAACAAAAACCACAUGAUAUAGUUCUGUAACUGAGCAGUUUUGUAUUCUUUAGCCUUUCUUCGGUAUUGGUACUGUAUUGCUUGAGUCAGUGCAAUCAUGUUAUUAAAUAAAGACUAUGUCAGGUCGUAAUGAGUGUAUCAUUACAUAAGUGUUCAACCCUGCUCCUGGAUGCCCCCCUGCCCUGCAUGUUUUAGAUCUCUCCCUGUCCUAACAUAACUGAUGUUGCUCAUGGAGGACUUGAUAAUGAGCUGAUCAUUUGAAUCAGGUAUGACAGUAGGGAGAGAUCUAAAACAUGCAGGGCAGGGGGGCACCCAGGAGCAGGGUUGAGAAACACUGUUUGACUGUCUGCUAAAUAGGCAAACUGCUCUCUGGAAGUUCACUGUCAAGGCCAUAAUACUGACGCAGCCAGCCAUGACACCCCAUCUUCUACCUGCACACGGGGCUGCUUCCCGAAUUGCCACAACAGGUAGUUUUUGUCCACCUCCAUACCCUCUGUCAAUUCUGGUGGGUGUGGAAACCGGUUUAAAAAUGUGGCUCUAAUUGGACAAGGUCAACCCAAAGGAAGUGCUACCCCCAGGUAUUAAUAAAGCGCUAUUGCUACUUGAUCUCAA